AUGAAUGCUGAUAAAGUCCUCAAUGCGGAAAAAGAUUAUUUUGUGGUGUUCUACGGUCAGACCCGCUUCGAGAGGCCUCAUGAAAUCGUCGCGGAUUCUCUCCAAGGAUUUUAUAUACGUUUCUUCUUUGUCGAGAAGCUCGUUCACCGCAGGAUCAAGCAUUGGUGUGAAGAUGGAGGGAUCUUGUCGCUCCCCAAAGCGACGCAGCUCCAGCAUCCGGCUGAAACCAGCCCAGAAAACUUGUUGCAUUUCCAAGUCCAAGAGGCGGGAUCUUCGUACAAUUCGUGGUCGAUGCGUUGGAAAAGGGAGCCGACGGAUGACCUAGCUUGGUCUUCGCCCUGGGAAACCGUCCAGUCAACGUCGUCCGAAACGUCAAAACUGCUAAACAAGGAAAAGCUGCAUGAUCCAGAAAUUUCAGAGAAAAAUAACUGUGAUUCAUUCGCUUACUCGGUGAACUGCAGCAAAUCCUCGGGGCGAAAAAGAACGCUUUCGUCCAUCCCGAGUACUCUGUUACACCUCUGCAUAGAACUGAAUAAAAAGGCGUGUGGGGGAUGUCGCAGACCGAAGCAACGUAGCUCCAGCAUCCAGCUGAAACCGGACCCCAAAACUUGUUGGAUUUCCGAGGCCAUCGGUGAACUGCAGCAAAUCCUCGGGGCGAAAAAGAACGCUUUCGUCCAUCCCGAGGAAAAGAAUAAAAGCUUUAUUGAUCCGUUUCUGCUGAAUAAUGACGACGAUGUGGCGCACAAGCCACAAAGACGAAUUGAAAUUCAGAUAAUUGACAAGAUUAACAAAUUAGCUCAAGAAUAA